AUGAAUAUGUUGGAUGAUGAAGAUGACCAAAGCUUUCACGCUACGCGUGACGGCUACUCCCAUUUGAGCGAUGUCGAAUGGGAUGCGGUUGAACGAAUGGGUUCGACCAUGGGCAUCCAUGCUGUUAGCGUCAUGCUAGAGGCUCUCAAUAGAGAUGCCCAACAUGUUACUAUCGCCAAGUUCAUUCAAAUGAACUUGACGCAGAACGCGAGAAAGUAG